AGGGUUCCCUGUACGGCCUCCCAUUGCGCUGCCCAUCGCCAACCUGCUGCCAUGUGCCACUUUCGGUUCUCCUCACGCUCCUGCUGGUUUCCAUUUUGUCAUAGGUUUGCUGUAUGGUCCUCCCAUUGCUGCUGCCUCCACCGCCACACUGUGGCUCCAAACAAUGUUUUGGCCCCGUGACUGGCCAAAGUAGUGAAGUGUGCAGUGAUUCUAAGAUCGACGGCACUCAUCUGCAUGUCAUACUGACAGACCGUAUUAUUUCUCUUCCCCAGCAGACUCCAAGGGCAUUGAAAUUUAAAGGUUUACAGUGUUCUGCACUAAUAUUA